UGUCAACGCCUCCCCUCCUAAAAUGUGCCGCCAAUGGUAACGCCUUCUACAAUCUUCUUGUAACAGAUGGAUGACAACUCCCAACUGCAUAUACCAAAUUAGGACUACUAAACUUCAAUCGUUCGUUCAUGCUCUACUUGUAACGACUCACCAAGCAGAUAUAAAAAAUAGAUCGAAAUAAGGAAGCCAGGUAGGCUAUUAGUUAUUCUACUUCUAGCCGAGGGCAACAAAAGCAAGCCUUUCUAAAAUCGCCGGCCACUCAGAGCUUGAACCGGAAAGAUGGGCCGACUGUCCUCCGACGGAGCGCCAGAAGAAGGGAGUAUUCCUUUGCUCGUAUCAGAAAAUCCACGGGAUGAUCAAUCUGUACCGGAGAUAAAUCGGGAGCACGACGCCGGCGCAGUUUUUGUUUUGGAGUCCAAAGGGGAGUGGUGGCAUGCGGGAUUUCAUCUGACGACAGCGAUAGUGGGGCCCACAAUACUGACGUUGCCGUACGCAUUCCGAGGUCUUGGAUGGGGUCUGGGCUUUUUCUGCUUAUCGGUGAUGGGGGCGGUUACGUUCUAUUCUUACUAUCUUAUGUCCUUGGUGCUUGAUCACUGUGAGAAGUCUGGACGUCGCCACAUCAGAUUCCGCGAACUCGCUGCUGACGUCUUGGGAUCGGGAUGGAUGUUUUAUUUUGUAAUAUUCAUUCAGACAGCCAUCAACACAGGCAUUAGCAUAGGAGCAAUUCUGCUUGCUGGGGAAUGCCUACAGAUCAUGUACUCAAACCUUUCUCCAAAUGGGUCACUGAAGUUGUAUGACUUUAUAGCAAUGGUGACUGUAGUGAUGAUACUCCUAUCCCAGUUUCCAACCUUCCACUCCCUCAGGCAUGUUAAUCUUGGUUCGCUGCUUCUGAGUCUGGGCUACACUUUGCUUGUAGUCGGUGCUUGUAUACAUGCAGGAACAUCCAAGAAUGCACCUCCUAAGGACUAUUCUUUAGAAGGCUCAACAUUGUCUAGGAGUUUAAAUGCUUUCGCUUCAAUAUCUAUUAUAGCUGCUAUUUAUGGAAAUGGGAUACUACCCGAAAUUCAAGCUACUCUAGCUCCACCAGCCACUGGGAAGAUGUUUAAAGGUCUUGCAAUGUGCUAUGCUGUAAUCUUUGUGACUUUCUACUCUGCUGCUGUUUCGGGAUACUGGGCAUUUGGGAAUAAAUCGAACUCAAACAUUCUCAAGAGCUUGCUGCCAGAUGAGGGACCUUCCUUGGCUCCCACAUGGGUAUUAGGUCUUUCAGUUGUCUUCAUUCUCCUUCAACUAUUUGCCAUUGGCCUGGUCUAUUCUCAAGUAGCUUACGAGAUCAUGGAGAAGAAAUCAGCUGAUGUAAACAAAGGAAUUUUCUCCAAAAGAAAUCUAAUCCCAAGGAUAGUUCUUCGGACACUCUACAUGCUAUUUUGUGGGUUCUUUGCAGCCAUGUUACCAUUCUUUGGGGACAUCAAUGGUGUUGUGGGAGCCAUUGGAUUCAUCCCGCUAGAUUUCGUACUGCCGAUGCUUCUUUACAAUAUGACACAUAAACCCUCAAAAUCAUCCCUCAGUUUUUGGAUCAACAACUCCAUCAUCAUCAUCUUCACAGGUGUAGGACUUUUGGGCUCAUUUGCUUCAAUUAGGAAAUUAGUUAUAGACGCUAAAAUGUUCAAACUCUUCAGCAGUGAUGUAGUUGAUUAACUCCUCCUAUAUGCCACAGGAGUAAUUUUAAAAAGUUAUAGAACUGAAAGAGGUAAUCCACAAUACGAAUCAUAAUCUGCUACCCCUUCAUGUUACUGUUUCACUAACGGCGGAAGAUAUAGAGAAACUGCGAGUUUAGUUUACAGAAAUCAUGCAGAAAUUAUGUUCAAAUGAAUCAUGAAUCCUUUCUGUGGUGUUUCAAUUACUUUCCCCUCAAACCAGAUCAAUCA